ACUCGCUCGCUGUGCCAAUCCUCGUGGAAUGCUUCACCAGUUCUCCUCGUCCUCCGAGACGUACUGGAUGUUCCAGUCUCGGGCAAAGAGUUUCUUGCGGAGGACCCGCUCGACCUUGUGGUUCCACCGUUUGUUGGGGUUGUCGGCCCGCUCCUGCCCGUCGAGCUUUCCCGUCGCGUCCACCAGCAGCUCCAUGAGCGGGCUGCAGUUGCUUCGGGAUUCGUCCCGGAGCUGCGAAAGCCGGCGAAAAAUCUUGAGGACCUGCUCGGCCGAAUACCGGUCGUCCCUCAGGACCUCCGUGACCUGGUCGACCGUGUUGAGGAGUUCGAUGGGUUCGGUGUCGCCGUCGCCACCUCCCACCCGGGCCCGGAUCAGCAGGUCCUCGAUCCAGCCGUCGACCUUGUCCGUCUCCUUUUGCAGCCUGGCCUCCCGGGCUUCGUCGAGGUUCGUCCGGAGAGAGUCGGCCUCGGCCCGGAGUUUUGCGGCCUGUGCCCGGAGGCUGUCGAGAUCGUCCCCGUGUGCCUCGACAAAUUCGUUGAACUCGACCUCCCGCUGCUUCUUGAUGCUCAUUCCGGUUUUGYUCCUGUCCUUGUCGGCGGCGUCGUCGCUGCUGUUGUCGUUUCCCGAUCGAGCGRCAUACCACAACUCUUGGUUUCGAUUCUGCUGCCGGUGCGAUCGAUGGACGAGGCCACAAGGGCCGUUUUCCCCGCGAAAUCUUCUGCCGAUCCCGGGAGCUCGAUGGCGGUUCCCGUUGCGAUGUUUCGGAAGGGACGCCAGCAAGCAAGGCUGUUGCACCCGUGCUUCCGAAGCACAAAGCAAAGCGGAAACGGGUUCCGAAACCAGUAGCACGGCAGCGGUGGCAGCGAGAACCAGGCAAUUCCGAAGGGACACCGCGUCGCUGGCCUCCCGGCCUCCGGUGCCGCCACCGCUGCUAGCGCACCGGGCUCGCUUCAUGCUGUGUGUGUGAGAUGGUGUGUUGUGCCUGUUCGGACGUCGCUGGACCUCGUUGGGAUGCGAUGUUGUUCCGAUGGCUUCUGCUACCGUGUGGCACGCAUUCCUCGUUCCGUGGGCGGUGCGGUCGAAUGGGAAAACAAUGCGGAACCUUCCUUCGGAUGUACGAAGUAUCGUUCUGUUGCUUCUGGAGCACGAGCAGCAAGCGACGGGUCUACGAGAACAGAGGAAGAACGAAGAACAAAGAACAGAAAGUAUCGUCGUCGUUUCAAAAGACCGUGUACCGUAGGUAUGCUAGCAAUGAUAAAUAGUACCGGUAGUGUGUGCAUUAUUUUGGAUUUUCGGUUCCGUGCUACCGCACGUACUCGUACGUACCCCUGCUAUGUAGUUUGACGUAAACUAUCUACCGUAGCCGUAGCGUAUCUUCGUUCCCAUUUUGACGAUCGAUGCGAUCGACAACGAACACCGGAACGGAUCGAAUCGAACCGGAAUUCAAUUCAAUCAUGUCCGGGAGUGACUCAGCCAAUMCCUUCGCGUGUCGUGCAGUGCGCGGGGCACGACAUCAUAUGUAUAAUAUAUUGAUAACAUAAYAUAGAUAUGAUACUAAGGAUGGCCGAAUGCCCAGUGCCCAUCCCCCUCUGCUUCCUCACCUGCCUCAGCGUCCUUCGUUCGACACAAACGUACCGUACGUACCGUACAGUGCGAAGCGUACGGUACGGUAAGUACCAUACGUACUGUAGCAGCUACCAACGCAACACCCACUAGAGCCACAACUUUUUAGGAGACAAAACGAAGCCGUCGUCCAUGUAUUACCGAUCGACUUCAUUUGAUUUGAAGGAAUUGCACAAGGCUCACGCAAAUCUGCACAAAAUCCCCCGUCCCCUCUCACCAAACGACGGACGAAGCCGAGACAACACCAACAAACCCCACCACCAACCGAACAAAGCCACCGCCACACCCCAACGCUACCACAGAAACCAUGAGAGCCGCCCUCCGCCACCUGUGCCAGAAGGGCGAACAGGCCCUGAAGCCCCAGAAGGUCGUCGCCGCCGCGUCCACGACCGAGGGCUACGUUUCCAAGCCCUCCCGGGAGGUCUGGAGGCGCCCCGUCGUCGGCAAGCGGGUGGCCAACGACCUCCGCAAGGCCGCAAUCCGGUCCGGGACCUACGGGAGCUUCUGCUCCGAGACGGGGAUCGGGUGGGAGCCCUCCUGGGACCUCCACCUCGUUCCACACCGCCACUCCGUGGCACGCUUCGGACGGAUCCGGCCCUCCAAGCGGACCGCCCGAGAGCGGAACCGGGAGGACCGGGCGCGAAAGCUGGAGGAGAAYCUCCUGGAGCGGGAGGCGGCCAUCGAGGAGCACUACUCCUCGAGGGAAGAGGCCCGCGUCCAGGACAAAUCCUUCGAGGCACGGAUGAAGCGGAUGGCCCGGGGCAGCGGUGGCGGUGGGCCGCCGUAGUGCAGCAGAAUUGAGCUAGAUUCAACUACGGAAUGGAAUAGCAGGGAGAAAGCAACAGAAAUGAAAAAAGAGGCGAAGCGAACUCAAAGAACGGUGCAAUACACAAUAUAAUUCAAUACAAUACAAUACAAUACAAGUAGAAACGAUCAUCAUCAUCGGGAGCUUAGUGGAAAGAAACAAUCAAAAUCUAAACUCUACCAUGGGAGACAAACGGCUCGCUCGAAUUCUCCGGGCUGCGCGUCGAAAUUGUGUAUGGCAAACGCAUCGCGAGGUUUUGUUGUUGCGGGGGAGGGACUUUGGAACGAAGAACAGAAAAAGCACCGUACUUGUAGGCCAAUCAACCAUGAGAGCAAGGAAUGAACUUCUUGCUAUGCACUUAGUUUUUCGUUCAAUUCGUUUCGUGCAAUGCGAUCCGAUCCGAUCCGAUGGUGGAUAGAACUUACAACGUGUCAAUGCACAAAAGGAAACUAAAAUACAAUCGUAAUU